AUGUUUGUAUUGUACUAUCAUUUUACCCACGCACCACACCCGAAAUUUGUUAUCUUACCACGUCGUCGAUUUGUAAUUUAUACACAUAUUGUUUCAGGUGUCCUAGAAUUUACUAGCUGUUGGGCAGCAUUUCUUACUGGUAACAAAUAUAUUGCUACUAUUGCUGCUCUAUCAGCUAUUUUGGGUCAUGUACCUUCGGCCUAUUAUCAAACAUCAAUUGUUUUUGGUGCUAAAGCUUUGAUGGUUUCUGGAUAUCUAUUUGCUAUAUCACUUCAUCUAUUUUCUGCAUUACAUCUAUUUAUGGAACCAACAUCAGUUUAUUGGUUAUUGAAUAUGUUUCUUGUUCAUAAUGUUUAUGUCUGGUGUCGUGUAUUCUAUUUCUUUUUUGGUUUUACUGGUUUAUUUAAAGAUACUUUAUAUACUAAUGCAAUAUUAACAUCAGGACUUAUUUUAUUUCCAGCUGUUCUUGGUGUUUCAGCGAAUAUAUUAUUUUUGGGUUAUGUUGCAACUAGUAUUCUUCUUUAUUUUGCUAUUGUUCAACCAAGUGAAGAAGAGUGUGUACGCUAUGUAAAUGAAUGUACACGAGAUCUUCUUGUUAAUAAAAUGGCUCAUAAUGCUUGGAUAAAACAACAGGAACGAUUAGCAAAAUUGGCUCACAAUGACCAAUUGUCCGAUCAACAACGAGCUAAACAAGUUUUUGAUCAAUUAGAUGAAAACAAAAAUGGAGCUCUUGAUAAUGAAGAAAUGACUCGUUUAUUAGAAGAAUGGAAAGCUGCAUCAAGUUUUGUCGAUCGAUUUUCACGUUGGUCAAAGAAACAUGAUAUGUCAUUUGAAUUAUUCUAUAGAAAUAUUUGGCGUCUUGGUGAAACAUCGAUUGGUCAUAUACAAGAAGGUAUAAAACGACAAGGAAUGGCAAGAGCACGUUUCGUUUUUGAUUGUUUGGAUACAGACAAAAGUGGACAUAUUGAUAAUCUUGAACUUCAAAAACUCUUAAUUCAAUGGGGUUUACCAGAAAAUGAAGUCGAAGAUUAUCUCACUGAUGAUGAUGAUAAACAAUUUUCAUUUGAAGAAUUCUAUGAAAAACUUAAACCAAUUUGGGAUUUUGCCUAUGAAAAUAUGUCUGUUCGUGAUAUGGGUCAAGUUGUCCAACCACCAGAUCAAAAGUCACAAUAG